AAUUGUAUGCUUGAGAUGUUGGGAGAGAAGCAACAAGUAGGAUGCACCUACAAGGAUUAAUUUCAAGACAACCAACCAAACACUUGACCCAAUUUACCACAAUUGAUUAACCAAGCACACAAAAUCAGCAGCACAUCAAAUAAACCACAAUCAAAUAUGAAGAAUAAAGAUGCAAACGACACACGAUUUUUAUACGUGGAAAAUCCCUUCGAUGUGAAGGAUAAAAACCACGGGACUUAUAGGGAGUCCGUCCUCUUCUUCUCUUAUUAUGCAAAUUGAGGGUAAAAACACCCAAACUCAGUCUACAAGGAUGUCACAGCCCACCAACAACAACAUACAUAAGAGCCAUCAACAAUAGAGAAGGAAAAUCAGGAUUAUCACCCAAAAACGCAGCGUCGCACCAGCUGCGAUUACAGAAGAUCCGUAGCUCCGAUUAAUGUGAAACUUGAACAGAUUGAAGCCCAAAGUGUUGGGAACAACCUCUGAAAAUUUCAGCUCAAUCCAACGGUCGGAUCUCCGGCGAUGAUCGAUUUUGUGCGGCUGGUCUGUAAAUUCUGCACCAGCACCUUUCGUCUCUCUAUUCUGUUUUUUUUUCUCUGUGUGCUCUCUCUGCUCUGUUCCUUUAGCACUAGUCCAGGACUUCAUUAACCCCCGAUCCUAAUUCAUUUCUUCAACCUCCCGAUCCCAGUUCUUCAGCUCUUCAAACUCCUUCCUCCUCUGCUUCGUCCGGCUUCCAUCAGAACUCAGAAGCUGCAGUGGUGGAUUUUGUGCAAAAAUGAAUUUUCUGUUGAUGCGGUCGAAUCAGAAUGCAUCUCCAGAGUCUUCCCCUGCUAGGGAAACUCAGGCAGAUAAGAAUUCCGUAGCAAAACCUAGUUCUAGUUUAGAGGGCCUGAUUGCUGAAGAUUCGUUCCAGCAAGACACGUACUCUGGGGACUGUGAUGUAGGGGACUAUGAACAUGGGAAUGAAAAUGGAGGUGCUGUUGGGAUAAGUGGAAUGGGAUGCCACACUGAGGUCACUGAAGAUGAAGGGUGGAUAGCUGUUCCAAAGGAAAAACUUCCUGAUAACUGGAGCGAGGCACCUGAUAUAACCUCUUUACGCUCACUGGACCGCUUCUUUGUUAUUCCUGGUGAACAAGUCAAUGUUCUUGCAUGCUUAUCAGCAUAUAAGCAGGAAACAGAAAUUAUUACUCCAUUCAAAGUUGCUGCACUAAUGAACAAGAAUGGGUUAGGUCAAAGCAGCAGGAAAGGAAAUGGCUGCACAGCUACUGAGAUCAAUCCUGAUUCUGAUGGUACAGAAAUAAGUGACAGUGGUUAUAUGAAUCAUACUGGGAUCUCAGAACAAGGAAAAUGUGAUACUAAAAAUGAAGUUUCCGCUGGUGAAUCUCUUCUAAGACAGGAGGAGCAUAAAAGACAUAGAGAAUCCUUGCUGCUAAGAAUGAACAAUUCUCACUUCUUUGCUCGAAUUGCCGAGGCUGAUGAGAACCUAUGGAAUAAAAGAAAAGUUAUGAAAGACGCAUCUGCUAAGAUAGGAAACAAGUUGAAAAAUGAACUCUCUCCGAGUACGGCAAUUGAAAGGGGAAAUUUUGAUGCCAUAAGGUCAGGAGGGGUGGCACGAAAUGCUAUCAAGUGCUGUGCCCUUCCUAAUGGAGAUAUAGUGGUAUGCAUCAAGGCAAUAUUAUCCAUUUUUAUGUUUGAAUAUUCAUCUCUCCCCGAUGAUAGUUGCCACUUACCAUUAUAUAUGUGUGUGCAUAUUUAUGGUCUGCAAAACACAACAAUGUGUAAAGAAUAGAGGAAUCAGCUGUAACUUUACUAAUAAUGAAUUGCUGAUGCUAGUCUAGAGGGUGUACUCUCAUGGCUGUGAUGGAAAUUCCUAUUGGUAAAAAAAAUUUCACAAGUCAGUUGGUGCUAUGCAGUAAUAGACACAUUCUUUCUUGACAUCUUAAGCAGACACACCAUGAUAUUUGAGAAUUGUGACCUUUCCAUCACAAUAUACUACAGUAAAACUUAGUUAUGUAUUCAUGAAGUUUGUAGAAGACUUGAGGAUUGGAGGAAGAAAUUUUGCAAAAGAGGAAGGGGAAGACCCAAAAAGAUGUGGGAGGAGAUGAUUAUGAAUGAUUUGUCCAAUCUAAAUUUGGACAAGAUGUGAUAACUGAUAGGAAGAAAUGGAGAGAACUUUC